AUGUCUUCUCACUCGGUCUCUCUCAAUGGACAAGGCGGCUUUACUCUCGAGACAGCCCAAAACGCCAUCACGCUGCGCCAUCUACUCAACCACACGAACGGCCCUGGCGUGGACAUGAUGCACUCGCUGCUGCAAGCAUGGUGCACCUCGAGAGGAGAGCAGUCCGUGUCCACCUCUGGCCACGUCCUCAAGGCCCAAGAAGCGCCCCUAACCUUCCAUUCUGGUCACGUAUUGUCGUAUGGCGGCAGCCUCGACUACACGCGAUUGCUGCCCGCGCGAGUGGUGUUGAAUAUCAGGACACCUGAUUCAGAUUUACUGCUCUCGUGA